AUGUUGGUGACUAAGUCUCUCAAGGUCUGGGGCUUACUCUUUAGUGCCACCUCUGUUCUGGCAAGCCCAAUUGUCCUCGAAUCUCUGGAUGAGACCCCUGCCGACUGGCAGGAAUCCGACUCACCAGACCCUGAUCAGAUCAUUGACUUCUCUAUUGGCCUCCAGCCUGAAGAUAGCCAGCUGCUUGAUACUGCUCUCUAUGGAGUCUCAGAUCCCGACCAUCCCAAUUACGGCAAAUAUCUCUCUCGAGAAUCUGCCAAAGCACUCCUUAAUCCAUCUGAAGAAGCUACCGAGUCCGUCAAGCGUUGGCUUACAGAUGCCGGAAUCCCUGAGCAUCAUGUCCGUGACGAGGGCGAAUGGCUCCAUGUGCGCACGACUGUCAGUCAAGCCGAAGGCAUGUUGAGCACUCGCUUCUCUGUCUUUGCUCGCGACAAUGAACGAAUUGUCAGAACCAGAGAGUACUCAGUUCCUCAUGAGAUCGUCCAGCAUGUUGCAACCAUUCAGCCCACCACAUUCUUCCCUGUCUUUAAUAGCGAAGGGAAUGUUGAGGGACCUGGGCUUCGACUCAGGAAGCGAGAUGACAAGUACGGAAAGAAGCCGCCGAAAGAUGGUAACAAUGGCGGCCCGGGACCUAUCAACUUAGAGAAGUGCAAGACGGAACUGACGCCUGCCUGUAUUCGAGAGAUCUAUAAGAUGCCAAAGAACUAUCCAAAGGCGGAGAAGGGCUCCUUAUAUACAGUCGUCAGCUUCCUCAACAUGACUGCUCAAAACGCACAGCUUCAAGAGUUCUUCCGACGCUUUGCCCCUGACCUCGAGGGCGUCACUUUCCGCAAUGCAUCUGCAGCAGGUGGAGAGAACCCACAGAGUGCCAGAAUUCGAAGCAACGAAGGGAAUUUGAACACCCAGUAUGCCAUCUCCUUGGCCCACCAAGUCCCAGUAGAACACCUUACUGUCGGAGGCUUCAAUUACGACUUCAAUCCAGAUUUGGACUUGCUCAAAGUACCUGGAGACUUCACUCGAUCUAUUGAGAAUUGGCUCGGAUUGGCGGAGUAUCUCUUGAACCUACCAGACAAGAAGCUCCCACAAGUUGUUUCUAUUUCAUGGGGUAACUACGAGCAACAUAUCCCCAAGACAUAUGCUCGACAGGUUUGCAACAAAUUUGGUCAGAUCGGCACACGUGGUGUCUCAAUCCUAGUUGCAGCUGGCAAUUUCGGCGUUGGUGUCUCAUGCCAGUCAAAUGAUGGAAAGAACACUACGAAGUUCCUCCCGACUUGGCCCAGCGUCUGCCCAUAUGUGACGUCUGUUGGCGGCACAGAGAGCAACAGCCCCGAAAGGGCUUGGUUGGAUACUGAGUAUGAUCAAUCUGGCGGCGGCGGCUUCUCAGAUCUCUUCUCCCGCCCGGCGUACCAGGAUAAGGUCGUGAAAGACUAUCUGAAGAAGAAUGAGCAGAAAUGGAAGCCAUGGAAGAACUAUAUCAACAAGGACGGAAGAGCGUUCCCCGAUGUUUCUGCUCUCGCAAGUGGCCAUCAAGUUAUGGUUAACGGUCAACAAUUCACUGCAGGUGGAACCAGUGCGGCAACCCCUACAGUUGGUGCGAUCAUUGCUUUGCUCAACAACGAAAGGUUCAAGAAGGGCAAGUCUGCGAUGGGAUUCCUGAACCCCUGGCUCUACAAAACAGGCCAGGCAGGAUUUACCGACAUCUUGGAAGGAAAGACGUCAGGCUGCCCCGGUGUCAGUCUGGAAGGGUUCCCUUCCCCCGAAAUUCCCAAUGCGGGAUGGGAUGCCGUCAAGGGGUGGGAUCCCGCUACUGGCUUCGGAACUCCGCGAUUUGACAAGUUGAAGAAGCUUGUCACUUAG